AUGACUUCAAACGUUGAUAUUCACAAAUAUGAAGUUCAACGAAAAAAACUUUUGCUUCAUAUUAUUAAGUCUAAAAAAAGAUUGUUGUUUUUAAAACAAUGCAAGUCACUUGAUUAUAUUCCAAUGGGUCUUCGCAUUAAACAGCAUUAUCAUUUUCCUGGUUCAAACAAUUUGUAUAAAGGAUUUAAUCGAGAUGUGCUUGAAUCGACUAUCACCUCAACAAUCGAAAACGUCGAAUCUCUUCGAAGUGAACUCGCCAAAAUCACUUCUGAGCUUGAAAAAAUGGAUCGAUUGCCACCAUCUUCAUUUAAAGCUACUCGACAAUUAGCUACGACUAUAUCUAGGCGGCAUUCUAAAAAGAUCAAUCGAUUCUUUUAUUCGUCACCAAGUCCAGAAUCACCUGAGAAUCAAUAUUGCAUGACUUCUAUUGAAUUACCCAAUCAGAUGACACCGAAACAACUCUGUAAUAAGCGGGAAGAUACUCUUCUGAGGCGUGUGCGUGUACAAGCAUCUAUUCGAUUUUUGGAGGAUUGUAUUGGCCGACAAUUUAUUCCAAACUCUAUUCGUAUUAGACGAUCUCACAGGUUGAUGAUCUCAAAUCAACUCUAUGAUAAAUUUAAUAGAACAUUAUGCUUAGCGAUCAUAGAUGCAAAAAAAAAGUAUGCUAAUCGUAUGAACGAUUUUCUUCAAAACAUUGAUAAAACUCUAAAUGACGAAGGCAAUCUACUUCGACCAUGGUGUACAGAUAAUUGUAAUGGAGUUAAAUACUUGAAAGACAAAUUGGACGCAAAAUACAAGCAAAAAUUAUCCAAAUUGCCCACUCAUAAUACCAGUUCAGUAGAUGCAGAAAAGUCAAAUACGAUUGAAUAUAACUCAAUUAAACAAUCCAAUAGUUCAACAACGGAUGGAAUUGUUCAACAAGAUACGUCUGUAAACAACAACAGUUUAACAGGCGCUAAUCUACCGCCUACUACUACAAAUGAUGACGAGUCCAGUUCUUCGAAUGGUUCUACGUUGCCUCCUCUCGUCUACAACUUUUCUAGCAGAAAACUGGAGAAAUCAGAAAUCAGUCUUCUCUUAAAAGGUCUUGGCUUUUCACCUAUUGAACCAUCGAAUCACUUUCAAGUAGCAUGUUCUGUUCGCGAUUUUACUCGUUCUGUUCGUCUAGCGAUUAUACACGAAUAUUCGGAAAAACCUAAGCCAAAAUUCUUUGUUAAGUCACAAUUUAUACCUACAGUUUGUAAGGAUGAUAAAGUGGAGGCUUACCUUAGCGAACUUGAAAAAAAAUCGGACGAACAUAUACCAAAACAAUCUACUCAGCGCAAUUUGACAAGGGCUGAAAAAAAAUCAUUAAAAAGUCUUCGAUGUGAUUCCAGCAUUGUUAUGAAAUCUGCCGACAAGAGUCAAGCUUUUGUAAUAAUGGAUAAAGGUUAUUAUUCAGCAAAAGUAAAGGCAAUGCUUUCUGACGACAAUUAUUAUAUUUCUGACGGAUCAGAAUAUCAUUAUCGAGAAACUAUUAAAAAAGUGAUUAGAUUAGCUAAACGAUCCAAUCUAGAUAGAAAUAUAAAGCGUUACAUUUAUGAAUAUGAUGUACAAACACCAUUGUUCUAUGCAUUACCAAAAAUUCACAAGUCGAAGUUAAUUGAAAAUUUACUCAAAGAACAAAAUUCAUCGACACGUGUAUUAGAAAUGAAUGAUCCACCUGAUGAUUUACCAUUUCGUCCUAUUGUUGCGUCGACCAACGGGCCAACUCAACAACUCUCUCGGCUAUUGGACGGUUUACUUCGACCAUAUCUAUGCAAAGUUCAAAGUUACAUAGAAAGUUAUGAAGAUUUUCUGGAUAAAAUAUCUUCACACCGAAAAGUGACUUCGAAUACCUUACUGUGCACAUUUGACAUAAAGGAUUUAUACACUAACAUCGAUCAUGCAUUAACUGUCAAAGCUAUUCGUUAUUGGAUUAAAAGUGAUCCUGCUUUGUUAGAAACAGGUGCAAAAAACGUUUAUAUGUCUAUAGUCGAGUGUAAGAAAUUCAUCAUCGAAGCGUUAGAAAUUAUUUUGGAUAAUAAUAUUUUUAUGUUUGAUGGUACCUAUUAUAAACAAAUUAAAGGUAUUGCCAUGGGUUCAUCAAUAGCCCCGACAAUAGCUAAUUUGACCAUUGGCUACCUUGAAAUAAAUCUGUACGAAAACGUGAAAGAAAGGAUGGGUGAAGAUAUACAUUCGUAUAUUAAGGAACACUGGUAUCGUUAUAUUGAUGAUUGUCAACUUCUUUGGCCUUUUGGUAACGAAAACCUUGUUGUUUUUACCAAUAUAUUAAACGAGUUAAAUGAAGCAAUUAAAUUUGUACGUGAAGAGAACACGCAGAAACUUCCAUUUCUUAAUAUUAUGCUUUAUAUUAAAAAUAAUCAGCUCGAAUUCGAUAUUUAUCACAAGCCAACGCAUACAUUUGCUUAUAUAGAUUUUCGUUCAGCUCAUCCUCGACAUGUUAAACGCAUGCUACCAUAUACUUUAGCAUCAAUGAUAAAAAAAAUAGUUACGAACGAUGAAAGAUAUCGCCGUCGUAUAACUGAAAUGCGUAAUCAUCUAAUAUCACGGGGUUAUCCGUCGCGUCUUAUCGAUGAUGCCAUAAACAAAAUGAAAAAUGAAAAUAGCAAAGAAGCACCAACCUCACCUUCUAUACGUUUCUUAAACUUUCGAGUUGUUUAUAAUCCGAACAAUCCUGAUCUAUAUUCAGAUGUAUCCACUCAACUGCCGAUUGCACUUGGCGAAAGAGCUAGCACGUUCCGGACACGCAAAGUCAAUAAACAGUCAGCCAAUUUAAAACGAAUCUUAACAUCAAAUAAAUUCUAUCACGAAUCUCAGCCUCCUUCAAGCUCUCCAAAGAAGUGUCAGCAACGUGGAUGUAAAAUGUGCGAACGAAUAAUUGACACGCCAAUCGACGAAAAUAUUCGAUGCAAUGCUACACUUGAUUGUCAUUCUCGGUUUGUUGUUUAUGAAAAGAGCUGUAAACACUGUAAAAAGCAUUCAAUUAAUCAUAUCGACUCGUUAUUUAAAGACAAAACGCCUUGUGAUUGUGGUAAUGCAAAUACUCAAUUUUUUCCAUUUCAUAAAAUGAACACAAAUAAUCCAGUAGAUAGGGAAGUAUGGUUGAAUAUGUUUGGUCCUGGUAAAGUUAGAAAAUAA